GUACCAAAGUUUUAAAGUGUUUCAGUUUUUUUAAGCUCCACCCAGAAGGUGUAGAGGGUCUCUCUGUAGAGCCUUGCUUGAUAAGUAAUCAAACAAGUAGGCAAUGCACAUAUCUGAGCCAAAGGCCUGCAGACGUGCUUCAACAAGAAGACUUCAAGACUACGGAGGACAAAGUGAACUUGUGCAUGUGCUGUUGUUUAUCUGGUGCUGUUCAAAUAUUUUUGAAGUCCACCUACCUGUUGGCUGAUCCUUCAUCCUCCAAGCCAUGCACCAGGAUCGCCCACGUUAUGUGAUUGACAGGCCGGCAUAUAACCUCCCUGACUUCAACAAGGAGUUUGACAAAAAAAGUCGACAGUUCCCUGUUGGAGAGAAAGUAAAGAAACUCUUCAGGUGCUCUGCACCGAGACUGAAGGGCUUGUUAUUCAGACAUCUGCCUGUACUGAGCUGGCUUCCUAAGUACAAAGUGAAAGAAAACCUGCUGUGUGAUGUCAUCAGCGGGGUCAGCGCCGGCACCAUUCAGGUUCCCCAAGGCAUGGCAUUUGCCCUCCUGGCAAACCUCCCUCCUGUCAACGGUCUCUAUUCGUCUUUCUUCCCCCUCAUUCCGUAUUUUCUCAUGGGCACUGCUCACCAGAUGGUUCCAGGUACUUUUGCUGUCAUCAGCAUUAUGGUGGGAAUCGUGUGUCUUAGGCUGGCCCCGGAGUCGGACUUCAGUCAUUUCAAUGACACUAUUAAUGCUACACAAGUGGACACAGCCAAGAUGAAUGAGGUUCGCCUGGGCAUAUCUGGAACCCUGGCCUGCCUCACUGCUAUCAUACAGAUUGGGCUUGGCUUCAUGCAGUUUGGGUUUGUAGCUAUCUAUCUGUCGGAGUCCUUCGUCAGAGGCUUCAUGACUGCUGCAGGAUUGCAGAUCCUCAUCUCAGUGCUCAAGUACAUCUUUGGCAUUAAAGUGCCACCUUAUAGUGGUCCGCUGGCCAUUAUAUAUACUCUUGUAGAUAUUUUAUGUGGCCUUCCUGAUACCAACAUAGCCUCGUUAGUAUUUGCUCUGGUCAGCAGUGUGGCUCUGAUUGUCGUGAAGGAGCUGAGUGCCCGCUACCGCCACAAGCUGCCCUUCCCUAUUCCUAUGGAGAUCGUCAUUGUGGUGGUGGCCACAGCCAUAUCAGGCCCUCUGGAUCUUCCUAAGAUCUAUCAUAUGGACAUAGUAGGAGAAAUCCCUUUGGGAUUCCCAACACCAAUCAUACCAACAGUUAGUCAGUGGGAUGACAUGUUGAGCACAGCUUUCUCCUUGGCAAUAGUGGGGUAUGUUAUCAACUUGGCCAUGGGCAGGACACUGGCAGCCAAGCAUGGCUACGAUGUGGAUCCCAACCAGGAAAUGUUGGCUCUUGGCUGCAGCAAUUUCCUCGGGUCUUUCUUUAAGAUCCAUGUGAUCUGCUGUGCCCUGUCUGUAACCCUGGCUGUUGACAAUGCUGGGGGAACCUCACAGUUUGCAAGUCUAUGUGUGAUGCUGGUUGUCAUGGUUACCAUGCUUGCAUUGGGAGCCUUCCUGAAUCCACUUCCCAAAUCAGUGCUUGGAGCCCUGAUUGCAGUCAACCUGAAGAACACUCUCCUACAGCUCACUGAUCCCUAUUACUUAUGGAAGAAGAGCAAACUGGACUGUUGUGUGUGGGUUGUGUCAUUCUUGGCCACGUUCUUUCUUAGCUUGCCUUAUGGAGUUGCUAUCGGAGUGGGCUUUUCCAUCCUGGUUGUGAUAUUCAAGACACAAUUUCGUAAUGGUUCGGCAAUGGCUCAGAUCAUGGACACAGAUAUCUACAAAAACCCCAAGGUGUACAGUAAGGUCAUAUCAGUAAAGGGUGUAAAAAUUGUGAACUACUGCUCACCACUUUAUUUCGCAAAUGUUGAGAUAUUUCGCCAGAAGGUCAUCAAAAAGACCGGGCUGGACCCUGGCAAACUUAUCGUGGCCAGGCGGAAGUUCUUAGAGAAAGAACAGAAGGAAAAAGCGAAAGAGGAGAAGAAAGACAAGGAGACAAGGAGGAGGAAACCCAGCUCUUUGUUUAACAUGAAAGCUCAGACCAUAUCACAGCUUGACCUGCAAAAUGACUUUGAUAUGAACGAUGGCAGUGCCAACAAAACUGAACCUCCCACCAGCUAUGUCAACUUCCAAUGUAGUGACACUGAGUUGGGCAAGCAGGCACCUGACGAAGAGCCACCCAGUCCCACUGCUGUCACACUGGAGUCCCAGCCCAUGCCCUUCCACACCCUCAUCCUGGACUUGGCAGGGGUUUGCUUCAUAGACCUAAUGAGCAUCAAAGUAUUGAUAAAGAUGAACUCAAGCUAUGAGAUGCUGGGCAUUAAACUAUACUUGGCCAAUGUUCAAGCCCAGGUGUAUGAGGAACUGGAGGUCGGAGGAGCUUUCGAUAACGGUAAUAUUGCCCGCAGUAAUCUCUUCCUUUCUGUCCACGAUGCCGUUCUGUUUGCUCAGCAGACCUCUGGAGAGAGGGGAGUGUCCGCAAAGGCAGAGAUAGCAAGGCAGGAACUCGCCUUUAACAUUAAUGAGGAGAAGGAUCUGGAGCAGGAAAUGUUUUGAACAGCAGCUGUCGAAGUGAAGAUGUGCGGAAGAAACAUAACGAAGAUACAAACGAUAAUCUUCAAUGUCACUGUAAUUUAUGGAAAUUUAUUGUUGUCAAAUAUUGCUUGAUAUUGUAUCUCUUUGCUGACUAUCAAUUAUCCAAAUAAAUGUUUAACUUUGUGGUUGAGUACAGUAAUCAGUACUUGACUCCACUGACAGGGGGUGGUAAAUACCAGCACAAAAGACCACCGACAAGAAGUCAGAACUGAGCGGAUAAUGAGGGAAACUCAGCGGCCGUUCGCCCACCCCUCACAAUAACUGUGGAGUGAACCUGCUGACUGCGCAGUCAUACAGAAGUGGUCCUGUAAUUAACUGAGAGUGUGCAUGGCCACAGCUGUGAGGUACAGCCAGCUGAGCAGUCUGGCUAAGUCCCUGUGGAGGCAAGACACUGAGAUAGGCCAAACACAAAUGAAAGGAGAAAUACACAGCAUCAGCAGUUUCAUCGCUUUGUUGUCUCACAAACUUUAUUGAGGGCCAGAGUUUCAAUCAUUUUCCAUAAGGCAGAAUAAAGCUACAACAACCAAAAUAACAAUUCUAAUUGUUGCCAGUUGCGACGGUAGGGUAACUGUAACAAAGGGAAAUAUGUGGGCCAACUAACUUGUGUGAAGUGUAGCAGGUGCUUAGAGGCCUGUGGUGUCUAGCCUAGCAGCAGGCUGACAGUGGUGCUGGUAUGCCUGUGAUGCAUGAAUGGAUUUAUGAAGCUAUUAAGAAAUCAUCCUAAGGUAUUCUGGCACACAUCUGCUCCUCUGCUCUCCUUCCUCUCUGCAGCAAUUUGGCACCACAAGUGAUUACAAGGUUUCUAUGGCCAUCAGCUUUAAUUUGGAGCUCUGGGAGAGUCUCUCAUCACGUAAUGUGUGUGUGUUUGUUUGUGUUUGUGUGUACCUGUGUGUUUGUGUUUAAUUUCAUUACCUGCAUCUCUUAUCUUUCUUUUGUCCCUCAUUGUUUUCAGGCUGAUUGUAGCAGCCAUUUGCUUGUUCCUAAAUUAAAUAAAUUCUAAUCAGGGAAAUUUUCUGAUUGAAAAAUAA